CAGAAGAAAUACAUGACAGGUUUACUUCAUGAUAGUCUUGGAUUUGGUUCAGCCAAAAUGAUCAGGAGAAUUGUUGGAAUUGCCCAUGUCGAGGAUUUUGACUCAAUCGAGGAUGCCAGCAAGAGAGCAUCAUGUGAGCGCCGCGCGCUUGAUUGUGCCAAGGCAAUCCUGAAGGGACGGCGCCAGUUCGAGAGCAUUGAGCAAGUUAUUGCGCACGUCCAAUCAGUAACUCAUGACUGAGAAAACCAGCCGCCUGUUCGGCGUUUCCAGUUGAGGAGACCUCAUUUGGUUGUUAUUAGGAUUGAGUACCCCCGCUCAAGUAUCGAGAUGUGCUGCCCUUUGUAAAACAUCCCUGGGUCAGUGUGGCUUAUGUGUAUUGCGUAGUGGGCUGCCUUCAGAGAUACCUAUACUUGGGUCGAGAACAUCAUGUGUGUAUUUCUAGUGCAAGGCAGGCUGCCUUGCAGCAUAGCUGUGAGUUGAAUAACAGAGUGUACAAUGUAUCUCAACGUUGUACAAUUAUCCAUAGAUACAGGUGUGGUCGCUACCAAUAAAACCCUAUCUGGGUAGGUUUGGCCAAGCA